UUAGUAUUAAAAGCCCGUCGCUGGCGCGCGGGACAUGUUAGCGAAUUUUAACACGUAACGAACUUAGCCGGCACUGUAUUGAGGCUUUGACUUGUGUUGUAUAUUGACCGAGGAACGAACCCCUAGCAGACUUACGGUCUGCGGGGCCAACGCCUGCGCCAUGGGGCGGGGGUUGAAAUAUUGUAUUUUGGCGUUGCUGGUCAUAACGUUGACCAGUGGGGAAUCUCCAAAGAACGUCACAAAGGCAGACAUUGAGAAGAUAAUACGAACGGGACGUCAAUUUUACGAUCAAACGUACCCCAACGACAAUGAAGUUGUAGUCGAUAUACAAGACGACGAGAAAAAGCAAUACUAUGAAACUAACUACGAUACAAGUGCAUACGGCUUUGGCUACGACGUAGGUCCGAACGGCCAGUUCCACCACGAGAACCGCGGCCCUGACGGAGUGACGUACGGUUGUUAUGGUUACGUCGACCCUGACGGCUACCUGCGCGCUACGCACUACGUUGCUGAUAGCCACGGGUACCGCGUGGUUGAGCCGGAGAAGCCAGUCGAAGUCUUCCCAGAUGAAAAACAUGAAUAUGAUGAAAACAACGUAUCUGGAUCAACACCGGCCAUACCUGGUCAAACGAUACCUUGGGAAAGGUUGUACUUCCCGAAAGGUUGCGGGCGUACGCCGGGUGGCGUGCCCCCAAGGCCGCUGCCGAAACCGACACGUCCGCCCCCUACCGUAGCCCCACGACCUCCGCCCGACAGUGCCGGACAGACGAGUAACCCUAAACCAGGAGUCUUACCUCCAGGAGGAGGCGCAUCUAAUGGACCUAAUGGCCCCUACGGACCCGGUUAUUACCCGGGAACUUCAGGUUCCCCGGGGACUCCAGGCACUCCCGGCACUCCAGGUACUCCCGGCACACCCGGAAGUCCAGGCUCUCCCGGUUCUCCAGGCGGACCUGGUGGACCAGGUGGCCCCGGAGGACCAGGCGGACAGUAUGGACCCAGUGGCUCGGGACCGAACGGGCCAGGAAGCCCCAACGGACCCUACGGACCCAGCGGCCAAGGUGGUAACAACGGGAAUUACGGACCGAGUGGUCCUAACGGGCCGAACGGACCUGGAGGCCCGAAUGGACCAUACGGACCUGGUGGACCAAAUGGACCUUACGGGCCUGGAGGACCCAACGGACCAGGAGGUCAAGGAGGUUAUUACCCUGGCACACCAGGCACACCCGGCACACCAGGCAGCCCAGGAAGUCCAGGCGGACCAGGUGGUCCCGGCGGACCAGGAGGACCAGGCGGACCAGGCGGUCCCGGUGGCCCAGGAUCAGGCUCUGGAGGCGGUUACUACCCAGACAAUGGACAAGGUCAAGGUGGCUCCGGAUCUGGUGGUUCGGGAUCAGGGCCCGGCUCAGGCGGUGGAUACUAUCCAGGCGGUGGACAAGGACAAGGGCCCAGUGGACCCGGUGGGUCAGGUGGGGGAUACUACCCAGGCAGCGGACAAGGACAAGGUGGUCCAGGCUCGGGAGGAGGAUAUUAUCCAGGCAGUGGACAAGGUCAAGGAGGUUACUACCCGGGUACCCCAGGUUCGCCAGGCACACCAGGUACACCGGGCAGCCCCGGCACUCCCGGUGGCCCGGGAGGACCAGGAGGUCCAGGUGGUCCAGGUGGUCCAGGAGGACCAGGCACUACAGGCGGAUCGGGAAUUCCCAGUGGACCUGGAGGCCCUAGCGGCUCUAGCGGUCCCGGAGGCCCCAGUGGACCAGGUGGUUCUAACGGUUCCGGUACAGGUGGCGGUUACUAUCCUGGAUCUGGACAAGGUCAAGGCGGGUACUACCCAGGUACACCAGGUUCGCCAGGCACACCAGGUACACCGGGUAGCCCAGGCACUCCCGGUGGCCCGGGAGGACCAGGUGGUCCAGGUGGUCCAGGUGGUCCAGGAGGACCAGGCACUACAGGCGGAUCUGUAAAUCCCAGUGGACCUGGAGGCCCUAGCGGCUCUGGCGGCUCUAGCGGCCCCGGAGGCCCCAGUGGACCAGGUGGUUCUAACGGUCCCGGUACAGGUGGCGGUUACUAUCCAGGAUCUGGACAAGGUGGCUACUACCCUGGUACUCCUGGUACCCCAGGAACGCCUGGUAGCCCCGGUGGCCCUGGCGGCCCUGGAGGCCCUGGAGGACCCGGCGGUCCCGGUGGACCAGGAGGGCCCGGUAGCACUGGACCCGACGGCAGCUAUAAGCCAGGGAGCGGUCAAGGACAACCUCAAACUACAGUGCCACCAACUCAAGAAGAAAAACCUCAACAACCUGGCCAACCUGACACUGCAGGAUACCCAGGACAGGCAGGUCAACCGGGUGCACCUGGACAACAAGGUCAACCAGGCCAGCCCGGAUUCCCAGGACAGCCGGGUCAACCUGGCACUGCAGGACAACCAGGACAACCAGGCCAGCCAGGAUACCCAGGACAGCCCGGCCAGCCUGGUUACCCAGGACAACCUGGUCAUCCGGGCACUGCAGGACAACCAGGACAGCCAGGGCAACCUGGAUAUCCAGGACAACCAGGCCAACCUGGCGGACCAGGACAACAAGGACAACCAGGCCAGCCUGGUUACCCAGGACAACAAGGACAACCAGGCCAGCCCGGAUUCCCAGGACAGCCGGGUCAACCUGGCACUGCAGGACAACCAGGGCAGCCAGGCCAACCAGGCUACCCAGGACAACCAGGCCAACCUGGCGGACCAGGACAACCAGGCCAGCCAGGAUACCCAGGACAGCCGGGACAACCCGGAGGACCAGGACAACCAGGCCAGCCUGGACAACCUGGUAAACCAGGACAACAAGGACAGCCAGGGCAACCCGGAUACCCAGGACAACAAGGACAACCAGGCCAGCCCGGAUUCCCAGGACAACCGGGUCAACCUGGCACUGCAGGACAACCAGGACAGCCAGGCCAGCCCGGAUUCCCAGGACAACCAGGCCAACCUGGCGGACCAGGACAACAAGGACAACCAGGCCAGCCUGGACAACCUGGUAAACCAGGACAACAAGGGCAGCCAGGCCAGCCUGGUUACCCAGGACAACAAGGACAACCAGGCCAGCCUGGUUACCCAGGACAACAAGGACAACCAGGCCAGCCCGGAUUCCCAGGACAGCCGGGUCAACCUGGCACUGCAGGUCAACCAGGGCAGCCAGGCCAACCAGGAUACCCAGGACAAUCAGGCCAGCCAGGAUACCCAGGACAACAAGGUCAACCAGGCCAACCAGGCUACCCAGGACAGCCGGGUCAACCUGGCGGACCAGGACAACAAGGACAGCCGGGUCAACCUGGAACUUCAGGACAACCAGGACAGCCAGGCCAACCUGUUUACCCAGGACAGCCUGGACAACCAGGCCAACCUGGAUACCCAGGACAACAAGGACAACCAGGCCAGCCCGGUUACCCAGGACAGCCGGGUGAACCUGGCACUGCAGAACACCCAGGACAACCAGGCCAGCCUGGAUACCCAGAACAACAAGGUCAACCUGGCCAGUCAGGAUACCCUGGACAGCCAGGACAACCAGGAACUGUAGGACAACCGGGACAGCCAGGGCAACCAGGACAAUCCGGAUACCCAGGACAGUCAGGUCAACCAGGAACUGCAGGACAACCAGGACAGCCUGGCCGGCCCGGCUACCCAGGACAGCCAGGGCAACCAGGAACUGCAGGACAACCAGGAACUGCAGGACAACCAGGACAAGCAGGCCAGCCCGGUUACCCAGGACAACAAGGUCAAGCAGGACAGCCGGGUCAACCUGGCACAGCAGGUCAACCAGGCCAGCCAGGAUACCCAGGACAUCCCGGACAACCUGGUAAACCAGGACAAGGACAACCGGGCCAGCCUGGCUACCCAGGACAACCAGGACAGCCAGGUUAUCCUGGAGGACCAGGACAACCAGGACAGCCAGGCCAGCCCGGUUACCCAGGACAGCCGGGUCAGCCAAGCCAGCCCGGAUACCCAGGACAGCCGGGGUCACCAGAAGGCGGUGACUCAGUUGGCCAGCCCUCAGGAACCGGGGUACAACCUCCGAUAUACGCCCCUGUUAAUCAGAUGCCGCCAUUCCCAAUAUACGUUAUACCCUACCCUCUGCCUAUCGUGCCAAGUCCUUCAUCUUGCCCGUGCUACUUGCUCCAGCCAGGGAAGAAUGACUCGACAGCAGUAUCUCAGCAAGGGCAAGGUUAUCCUGUGAAUCAGGGAUACGCUCCCUAUGGUAUCAUAGGAUUUAUACCGGUGGUGUUUGUACCGAACUGCCCGGGGAAUGCAACAGAUAUGCACACCGCGCAGCAAAACUUCCCAUCUGCUGUACCUGUACCUUAUAACUGCGCCCAGUGUCAAGCGAAUAGGGGCCUUUACAGAUACCGUGGAAGACUAAACGGCGCACGCAACGUUAAUGACCUUAAAAUGAAUGACCUCAAAUUAAACGAUUUGCGUGAAAUCCGCACUUUAUCCGAGCUAGAAACUCUGUUGAAAGAUCAAAUAAAGCCAACAAGCCAUCCAGCUACACAGCCUCUUGUUAAGACCACCAGUAACACGUCUGAACAACCAGAGAGUGAGGCGGCCAGCAAGCCCGAGAGUGAAACGGUCAGCAAAACAGACAGUAAGCCUGCUAGCAAGCCAGAGAGCAAGCCAGACAGCGAUGUACCCAGCGAACCUGCCAGCCAUCCAAGGAAAAUAGUACGUCGUAAACUAAUAAAAGAUGUAAAAACUAGUAAAACUGGCGGAACAUUAAGUUAAUGUAUAAAAAGUAAAUUAUUAAAAAUAUUACGUUUGGUAUUAGGGAGAAUGAAGUGAUAAAACGCAUAAUUUAAUUUUGAGACUGUCCGAUAAUUUAUCUUGGACGAUCUCAAAAUUGUGUAAUUUACAUAUUUAUUGAACAGAAUAACGUUUAAUAAAUAAAGAGAUGGACAUAUUAUGUAUUAUUCUUAUGUAUGUAAUGUUUACAAGAAUGUGUUACAUGGUUGUACCAUAUUGUGUUUUAUAUUUUAAUACUUUCGACACGAAUCUUUUGUAAUUAUCGAAAAUCAAUAAAUAAAAAAAA